GCGCUGGGUCUCCCGGAAUGGGCCUCCAGGAGCUGGCGGUGUGGCUGCUCGCCACGGCGGGGCUCGUACGCGAGUCCCUGCAAGGAGAGUUCCAAAGGAAGCUUUACAAAGAUCUGCUGAAAAAUUACAACCCCCUGGAGAGACCGGUUGCAAAUGACUCCCAGCCACUCACUGUCUAUUUCACCCUCAGCCUCAUGCAGAUCAUGGAUGUGGAUGAAAAAAAUCAAGUAUUAACAACAAACAUUUGGCUACAAAUGUACUGGACAGAUCAUUACCUGCAGUGGAAUGUAUCUGAAUACCCAGGAGUGAAGAAUGUUCGUUUCCCUGAUGGACUGAUCUGGAAGCCAGACAUUCUUCUCUAUAACAGUGCUGAUGAAAGAUUUGAUGCUACAUUUCACACUAAUGUUUUAGUCAAUUCUUCAGGACAUUGCCAGUAUCUGCCACCAGGCAUAUUUAAAAGCUCGUGCUACAUAGAUGUGCGGUGGUUUCCAUUUGAUGUACAGAAGUGUAACCUGAAGUUUGGCUCCUGGACUUAUGGAGGGUGGUCCUUGGACUUACAAAUGCAAGAAGCAGAUAUAUCUGGCUAUAUUUCAAAUGGAGAAUGGGAUUUAGUAGGAGUUCCUGGAAAGAGAACAGAAAGUUUUUAUGAAUGUUGUAAAGAACCCUACCCAGAUGUAACGUUCACUGUAACUAUGAGACGUAGGACUCUGUAUUAUGGACUCAAUCUUCUUAUUCCUUGUGUACUGAUAUCAGCACUUGCUUUGUUAGUUUUUUUGCUUCCAGCAGACUCGGGAGAAAAGAUCUCACUAGGUAUAACAGUUUUAUUGUCUCUCACUGUCUUCAUGUUACUUGUGGCUGAAAUUAUGCCAGCAACAUCUGAUUCUGUGCCCUUAAUUGCUCAGUAUUUUGCCAGCACUAUGAUUAUCGUUGGUCUUUCUGUUGUUGUCACUGUUAUUGUUCUACAAUAUCAUCAUCAUGAUCCAGAUGGGGGGAAAAUGCCUAAAUGGACAAGAAUCAUCCUUCUCAACUGGUGUGCUUGGUUUCUGAGGAUGAAAAGACCUGGGGAAGACAGAGUGCGUCCUGCCUGUCAACAUAAACAACGUCGAUGCAGCCUUUCAAGUGUGGAGAUGAACACUGUGAGUGGACAGCAGUCCAGUAAUGGGAAUAUGCUGUACAUUGGGUUUAGGGGGCUGGAAGGGGCUCACUGCACACCCACCACUGAUUCAGGGGUGAUCUGCGGGAGGAUGACCUGCUCACCAGCAGAUGAAGAAAAUCUGCUGCACAGUGGCCACCCCUCUGAAGGUGACCCAGAUUUGGCUAAGAUCUUGGAAGAGGUCAGGUACAUUGCAAACCGAUUCAGAGACCAGGAUGAAGAGGAAGCCAUUUGCAAUGAAUGGAAGUUUGCAGCCUCUGUUGUGGAUCGCCUCUGCUUGAUGGCUUUCUCAGUCUUCACAAUCAUUUGUACAAUUGGUAUUUUAAUGUCUGCGCCAAACUUUGUAGAAGCUGUGUCUAAAGAUUUUGCUUAAUUCCUAACUACAAUCUGAUUCUCUGAAGUACGAUAUGUAGCAAAUAAGAGUGUGGUUUUUGUUUGAUUGCUUGUUCUUAAUGAGUCUACUGCUUCAGAUUGUCUGCUUUCCUUUCACCCCCUCUCUGGUCCUGAGCCCCAUUCAGAAGAGAAUUCCCAUUUCAGAAGGGAAGCCAAAGAUUUCUCCUUGGGCUACCUGUGUGUAGCUCCUCUCAGCACCCUUGUGGGAGAUACAAAGUGGCUGUAAGUCCCUUCAGAAUGACAAGGUAUUGCACUACCAUCUCUUACACACUUUUAAAACUGGCUAUCACAAAAUAACAGGCAAUGCCAGAAAUGUCACUUCUUCCAAACUUUGUUAUAAAGGAUAGAAGCUGGUCCAUCUUAACUAUU